GAGCAUGCAGCCUGGGUCCUAGAACGGAAGACUAACACAUUGGGGGUCCUCAGCAGCACCUCUGCUCAGAGUGCUGCUCUAGGCAGGGGGUCUCCGUGGCCCUGCCGCAGGGGCAGCGCUGGCUGGGGCGGAGAGGCAGCAGGUGCGCUGUGUGAGCUGCACGGAGUGGGCCCCCCCAGGCAGGGAUAGAAAGUGGGAGGGGCUGGAAGGCAAGGCCCAGCCGCAGCCAUUGCUACCGGUGGACAAACAGGUGAGCAGGUGGCAGGAUAGAAAAGGCGCUCCCUCAAGACCUGCAAGCAGAAAGCCACAGCCAGAGGAUCACAUGCAGCCCAUCUGAUUGCUGAGCGGAGAGAGACACUGACCCACAGCUAGUUUCCAGCAGCCCUGGUGCAGAGCUCCACAGAGAACACAGGACCAAGAUUGAGCUUUAAAGAAACCUGAGAACCUCCUACCCCGUCAGACCAAAAGCUGCCUAAACUCAGGAUUGCUGAGACAGAGGAGGAGAUAUCCAUGGAGAACACCCCCACUAUGGCUAAAGCAGACCAGGGUGAAAAUCAGGUUUCAUCAAGUCCAAGGAGACGGCGCCUCCCCAAGGCACUUGGCUACGUCAUUGGUGAUAUGAAAGAGUUUGCCAGCUGGCUUAAAGACAAGCCGCAGGUGCUCCAGUUCGUAGACUGGGUUCUUCGGGGCAUAUCCCAGGUGGUGUUCGUCAGCAACCCCAUCAGCGGCAUCCUGAUUCUGGUGGGACUCCUGGUCCAGAAUCCCUGGUGGGCUCUCAAUGGCUGUGUGGGGACGGUGAUCUCCACCCUGACGGCCCUGUUGCUUGCUCAGGACAGGUCAGCCAUCGCCGCCGGGCUCCAGGGCUACAACGGCACCCUGGUGGGAAUCCUCAUGGCUGUCUUUUCAGACAGGGGCAACUACUUCUGGUGGCUGCUAUUCCCUGUGUCUGCUAUGUCCAUGACGUGUCCAGUUUUCUCAAGCGCCCUGAGCUCCUUGUUCUGCAAAUGGGACCUCCCUGUCUUCACUCUGCCCUUCAACAUGGCGUUGUCAAUGUACCUUUCGGCCACGGGACAUUACAAUCCGUUCUUCCCAGGCAAACUGUUCAAACCUGUAACCGAGGUUCCCAAUGUCACCUGGACUGACCUCAGUGCUCUGCAGCUGUUGAAAUCCCUGCCCGUGGGUGUCGGUCAGAUCUACGGCUGCGACAACCCGUGGUCGGGGGGCAUCUUCCUGGGCGCCAUCCUGCUGUCCUCCCCCCUCAUGUGCCUGCACGCUGCCAUCGGGUCGCUGCUGGGGAUAGCGGCAGGACUCAGUCUUUCAGCGCCGUUUGAGAACAUCUACUUCGGACUCUGGGGUUUCAACAGCUCUCUGGCCUGCAUUGCAAUUGGAGGAAUGUUCAUGGCACUCACCUGGCAAACCCACCUGCUGGCUCUUGCCUGUGCCCUGUUCACCGCCUACCUUGGAGUCAGCUUGUCACACAUGAUGGCUGUGGCGGCAUUGCCAGCUUGUACCUGGCCCUUCUGUUUGGCCACGCUACUGUUCCUCUUGGUGACCACGAAGAAUGCCAACAUCUACAGGAUGCCCCUCAGUAAAGUCACUUAUCCUGAAGAAAACCGCAUCUUCUACCUACAAGCCAAGAAAAAAAGGAUGGUUGAAAGCCCUUUGUGAGAGCGGCUCCCACCCACAGCCACGGUCACAGUCACAAGGGCUGGCUGGCUGCCCCAGGCGACUCCCCCCUGCUGUUUUUUGCUUCUUGUAAUGACUUUCAUACUAACCCAUUGGCGAUCUGCUCUUAGGCUCAUUUUGUAGCUUUCUCUUAGACUCCAGGAACAUCCCCAAAUGGGUGAGAGAGGCGUCCAGAUGGCGUGCCCUGGUGGGGAGCUGGUGCUAAGGCUAAUAUAUUCAUAAGGUCAAAUGCUCCAACAGAACGAAGGCGUGAGACUAGAGCUAAUGAUUGACAUUUAUUGAUAUUCUCGGUGUUUGGUUAGGCUACCGUGAUGUUAACAGUAUUAAAAAUUAAGCUCUAUAACUAAGCCUUAAGUGAAUGCCAUGCAUGGUCACAACAUCAAAGUCAACCCAGAAGUCUCAGAUAAGCGGUCUGACUUGCUUGAAAUCGAUACAAGUUACGCGUGACGGCAGUGGUGCUCAGCUCAUGCCCCAGGCCUGCGGCAGAGUGGCCUGCCUCCUGCCCCGUGUGGGUGGCCUUCUCUUACCGGCGGCGGUGGGUUCUUUCCAGGCUGACACAGCUGUAGGAGAGAGAAAGGGAUUUUAUCCGUCAAAACUAUUCUGGAAUGUUAUUUUUCUUAGACAUGGUGAAAUAUUUUUUAGAUAAAGUUUAUUAUCUUUUUCUUAUGAGAAUGGAUUUUUUUUAAUGAGGUAAAAUAAGAAGUUCCUGGCUUAACCAGUUCUUAGAUAUUAAAGAAAAGUCACAUUUUUAUGAAAUAUUCGACAUAGCUGUUUUCACUUUAAUCCAUGUGUUGAUUUUGUAAAUGCCAGGAACGCAUAGAACCAAGUUAUCAGCAUCCAAGAGCCCUUUAAAGCCACAAUUUGCAAUCCACUUGGAAUGUUUUACGUGUUUUAAAGCCUGAAAAUUAAGGUCAGAUUGUUUCUGGGUGCUUGGAAGUUGCUAAAUUUCUUUUUAAAAUUUUUUUUUCAUGAAAAAAAACGCCAUUAUUUUCUGCACAUUCACAUUAUCCUCACUCAGAAACCUGAAAAGACAUACAGGUAAAGGGUUAUACAGUUUUUGUUUUAAUUUUAAAGUUAUCAGUCCUAUAAACAUCCUAUAACUAAACACGUUGAGGAUGCCAUGGAAGGUGCCACUCCCUACCUUCCGCUGAACCUGUAUCGAUUCCGUGUUUUGGAGGAUUCAAGACAAGAAACCAUGGAAUCCUAAGGGCUUUUCCCCCUUUGGACUUGCAGUGCUCAGUGCAAAAUAUGCAGGUUGCUGCAGGAAUAAAGAGAAGAAAUCAACCUACAAAUAUUUCGGGGAGACGUCACUUCUUCCUUUUCUCAGGAUAAGAAACGUUCUGAUUUAACCACCCUGUGACCAAUGCCGUUUGAAACCCUGAAUUUGCAACUGUCAUAGAGUCACGUGGAAAAACUAAAUUUUCACCGUGUGAACAGAAAUCUCCCUUGUUAGGGAAUUUGUGAAAUAAGACUUGGGGGAGGGGACUAGGAGGACACAAAAAAGAAAGCAGAACCAAAGAUAACAGGAGAGAAGAGUCUAGGCGGUGGCCGAGUGCGCCAGAGCCUGGGACAUGCCUCCGGCCCAUCUCCAUCCACAGAGCUCUGGCCUGGGCUCCGUCUACCGUCUCCUGGUGUGCUCACACAGGCGUGUAAAUAGGAACAUUCUAAAGCCUUAUACAUUGCCUAAUUUAAAUGGCAUUAAUUUUUUCAAGCUAUUUUUGUUACUAAGUGUUAUCCUGAAAUGAAGGAUUUUGUUAGUUUCCUUAGGGAUCACUUGUAUUCUUUUCCUACUGUUUAACAAAUUUCUUAGUAAGACUAUGAAUAAAAUUAUACUCACAGCUCA